AUGCGGCGAGGAAACGAAACUCCGCGCACGGCGUUCCCCUCGCUGGGAGUCUCCGGAGCUGAGCAACUGUGGGUAUGUCGUGUGGCUCUCCACACCUCCACUGUGUUCCAGCCAUUGAGAAGUUGUUUGCUCUUUCUAAAGGCUAAUGAGACCUCUUUGUGGGUUGCAGGAGUUGGUUUUGACAGGGAGGCCAGCAUACGCUGCUCCCUUGUUCAUUCCCAAUCUGUCCUACAACGGAGACGAAAGUUGAGGAGGAGGAAAACCAUCUCUGGCAUCCCCAGAAGAGUGCAACAAGAAAUAGAUUCGGACGAGUCGCCGGUGGCGAGAGAGCGCACGGUGAUCGUGCACACCAACCCGGAGCUGCCCGGCUCCGGCGGCAGGAGGUCGGGCACCCGGGACUCCGAGUGCCAGACGGAAGAAAUCCUGAUCGCCGCUCCCUCCCGGCGCCGGAUCCGCGCCCAGAGGGGGCAGAGCGUCGUCGCUUCCCUCUCCCACUCCGCCGGCAACAUCUUGGUGCUGGCGGACAACGGCGAUGCCGUCUUCGCCGCCGCCGUCGGCAACCGCAUCCGAUCGCGCAGCCUGCCCCGGGAGGGCGGCCGGGCCGGCGAGGGCCACCAGGAUGGCGCCGCCAAGAACGUGGGGUACGAAGCGGAGCGCUUCCAGGAAAGGAUCCAAACCAAGGGCAAGGAGGGCUUGAGCAAGCAGGGUUCCCAGGAGCGCCAGCCCAUCGGUUUGACUUGCCCGCAGCACCUGCACAGCCCCGAGCGCGGCGCCGGCGAGCGGGGCAGGUCGCGGCUGUCGCGGAUGGCGGAUUCGGGCAGCUGCGAGAUUUCGUCCAACUCGGACACCUUCGGCAGCCCCAUUCACUCGAUCUCCGCGGCGGGAGUCCUGCUCAGCAGCCACAUGGACCAGAAAGACGACCACCAGUCCUCCAGCGGCAACUGGAGCGGGAGCAGCUCCACGUGUCCCUCCCAGACGUCCGAAACCAUUCCUCCUGCCGCCUCCCCCCCGCUGACUGGCUCCUCACACUGUGACUCCGAGCUCUCGCUCAACACCGCUCCCAACCCCAACGAGGACUCCAGCGUCUUCCUGACGGAACCCUUCGGCGACCACGCCGACAAGGUGAGGGGCCACAGGGCGAGCUCCUUCACCUCCACCGUGGCGGACUUGCUGGAUGACCCCAACAACAGCAACACCAGCGACAGCGAGUGGAACUACCUGCACCACCACCACGACGCCUCCUGCCGCCAGGACUUCAGCCCCGAGCGCCCAAAGGCUGACAGCCUGGGGUGCCCCAGCUUUGCCAGCAUGGCCACCUACGACAGCUUCCUCGAGAAGUCCCCCUCCGACAAGGCAGACACUAGCUCCCACUUUUCUGUGGAUACCGAAGGCUACUAUACCUCCAUGCACUUUGACUGCGGCCUCAAGGGCAGUAACAAAAGCUACAUUUGCAACUAUGCAGCUCCAGGCUCCGAGAACGGCCAGCCCGGCGGCGUGACCUCCAGCCUGGCCGACUGCGCCUGGCAGGAGUGCGUCGGCCACGGCAGGCAGGGGCGGCAGAGCAUCUCCCUGAAGAAACCAAAGGCAAAGCCAGCCCCACCGAAGCGCAGCUCGUCCCUGAGGAAAUCGGAGAGCGGCGCCGACCUUCCCGACAAGAAAGAACCAAAGAUCAGCGGUGGCCAGCACGGCUCUCACACCGCCAGGGAGAUGAAGCUGCCCCUCGAGUUCUCGAACACGCCUUCCCGAGUGGAAGGUCCCAGCCUGCCAGCCAAGCAGGAGCUCCCUUGGGCGAGCCAGAGCGACGGUGGCUUGAAGGACCCUCCGUUCGAGACCGCAGACAUCCCCUCCUUUAAAGAUGAAGGUGCUGAACAACCUCACUAUGCAGACCUCUGGCUUCUGAAUGACUUGAAAUCCAGCGAUCCUUACCGGUCCUUGUCCAACUCCAGCACCGCGACGGGCACGACGGUCGUAGAGUGCAUCAAGUCCCCGGAGAGCUCCGAGUCCCAGACCUCCCAGUCCGGGUCGCGAGCCACCACCCCAUCCCUCCCCUCCGUCGACAACGAGUUCAAACUGGCCUCCCCUGAGAAGCUGGCAGGCUUGGCCUCACCCUCCAGUGGCUACUCCAGCCAGUCGGAGACGCCCACCUCAUCUUUCCCCACCGCUUUCUUCGCGGGCCCCUUGUCUCCGGGGGGCAGCAAGAGGAAGCCAAAGGUCCCGGAGAGGAAGUCGUCGCUGCAGCAGCCGCUCUCGAAAGAGGGCACCGCCUCGGUGGGCAAAGACCUCGAACUCCCAAUCAUACCUCCCACUCACCUCGACCUAAGUGCUCUUCACAACGUCCUGAGCAAGCCCUUCGCUCACCGGCACCAGCUGCACGCCUUCGGCCACGGCAAGCAGAGCGCGGUCGGGGAAGCCCUCAACCCCAGCCCUCCCUCCGCCCUCGCCAUCACCCCCUCUGUCCUCAAGUCCCGUCACCUCCCGGUCAACAAGCCUGAAGGGGGCAAACAGAAAUGCGGUGCCCCAGACCUGCUCUGCAUCCAGGAGAGCACCUUGAUGGCCGCUGAUGUUUCUCCGGGCAAAAUGAGGCCGCUCCUAGCUAAGAAGCCCGUGUCGCGCCAGUACUCCACAGAGGAGGCCAUCAUGUCCUACAUUGAUGCUCCCCCAGCAGAGGCAGGCCCUGGAAAGCCACCUUUAGAGAAAAGCUCCUCCUUCAGUGGGCAGAACAGCUGCGAGCAGGACGCUGUAGCUGCGGCGAGCGUGAGCCCGGCGGAAAUCAAACCCGGGACGGACCAAAGGCAGCAGGUCACCGAGCAGCACUUGCCGGGGAGCACCCCGGAUCAGAGCUGUGCUGCCUCCACGGAUGGGUUGCAGAAGGGCUCAGCUGUCCUCACAGGUGAUGAGGAAGAUAAGAAACCUGGCCAGGGAGCAGAAACGGAGCACGACCUUCCGCCAGCACAGGCUCAGCAGAAGCUCUCUGCAGGCGGCGAGGGGAGGCUGGAAGCCGAGCCCGCAGGCGAAAGCCCAGCUCAGGCUGAGGGAGCGGCGGCCAGCCAACAGCUUAAGCAGCAGCCCGAGGGAAGCCACCACGUGCCUGGGAGCAUCAGCUACGAGGCAGAGCUGGCAGCAGGGAGUUCACCUGGCGAAGGGAGUUGCCAGCAGGAAAACGACCUCACAUCAGGAACCCCAACCAAAAGUGCCUCCGAGGACGGCGGGGUGGACGAGGCUACGGAUGGCCCCAGCGAGCCCUCGCUGAAAGAGUCUUCUCCAAGUGAUGAGUCCAUCCUGUCCCCACUGAGCGAGGAGUCCCAGGCUGAGGCCGAGGAGGCCUUCGUGUCGCCCAACAAACCACGCACCACCGAGGACCUCUUUGCAGUCAUUCACAGAUCCAAAAGGAAAGUUCUCGGGAGAAAGGAUUCUGGAGACCUCUCUGUAAGGAACAGGUUGAGAGCCUCAUCUGGAACCAGCAGCCAGCCCCCUGCCAGCAACACCCUGCCCGCCAGCAACGUGCCACCGGCCGGCGGCGUGGGCGCUCCCCUCAGCAGUCAGAGGUCCCCUGGGCUCAUAUACAGGAACGCCAAGAAGUCCAACACCUCCAACGAGGAGUUCAAGCUCCUGCUGCUCAAGAAGGGCAGCCGCUCGGAUUCCAGCUACAGGAUGUCUGCCACCGAAAUCCUCAAGAGCCCUAUCCUGCCCAAGUCUCCCGGGGAGCUGGCGGCGGAUCCCCCGCAGGGCCUGGAGGAGCCUCCCCCGGCGGCCAGCCCCGACGCGUCGUCCCCGCUCUCCCCCUGCUCCCCCAGGGUCAACGCGGAAGGCUUCUCCUCCAAGAGCUUCCCCAUGUCGGCUUCGUCGCGGGUGGGGCGCUCGCGGGCGCCCCCAGCGGCCAGCAGCAGUCGCUACAGCGUGCGCUGCAGGCUCUACAACACCCCCAUGCAGGCCAUCUCCGAGGGCGAGACGGAGAACUCCGACGGCAGCCCCCACGACGAUCGCUCGUCUCAGAGCUCCACGUAGGCGCCGAGGCCAGCUUGCCAGCACCCCCCUGGCCUCUGGAAGGAUGAGGGGGUGAACAGAAGAGGCCAAUGCUGUAGCAGUCAAAACAAAAAAAUACCCAAACAAACGAAAUAAAAUAGGAAAGGAA